AGGCAGUGGAUGGUAGCCCGCCACCUCUUUGAAUUGUCACAUGUCUUGUUGACUUCUUGGCAACAAAAUACCCGUUAGAAUCGUUAAAAUAUGUCGAAGCCGGUGAGAUGUUUCUUGCGAUGCGUUGCAGAGACUCAUGCACCCAUCUCACUUCCUCAUCUCGAGGACGUCAUCCUCGGAAGGUGUCCUGAGACGCAAAUAACGGAUAAAAGGUGUUCCAAAAAACAAUUGGCUUUCAGAGCUGAUGUCAGCAAGUUGUCGGUGAUGGUCAGACACCUUGGAACAAACUUCUCCGCAGUUAAUGGUCGUCCCUUGGGCCGGAAUGGCGAGACAGUUGCUCAACACGGUGACACUGUGAAUUUCCUCCUUGGCCAGUUUGAAUAUGUGGUGGAGUUUGAUCCGUGUAAGCGGAAACUGGACUGCGAUGAAUCCGAGGAUGAACCCAAUACGUCAAAGAAAGCUCGUGAGGAUCCUGGAACCUCGUCUCAAUUUGAACAGGACACGUGGCAAAGUAUUGAAAAUGGAAAGCUCCUUACUUUUUUGAGUAAGGGUUGCCAUUGUUCAGACAAGAUUGCAGCCUACGAUAUGGAUGGCACAAUAAUUACCACUAAAUCAGGCAAAGUCUUUCCUGAGAACCCCAAUGAUUGGAAGAUUUUGUGGCCAGAAAUUCCAUCAAAGCUGCAAAAGUUACACCGGGAUGGUUUCAAAAUUGUGAUAUUCACUAAUCAGGCUGGCAUAUCAAGAGGCAAAACUACAGUUUCCGAGAUUCAACAGAAGAUAGGAAAAGUAAUUUCCGCUUUAGGCGUGCCAGUGCAAGCUUUUGUUGCUACUGGUGACACCAUAUUCCGUAAACCUGCCCCAGGCAUGUGGGAUAUCCUUACCAAAGAGAGAAAUGGUGAACUUUCAAUUAAUAUGGAUGAAUCGUUUUACUGUGGAGAUGCUGCUGGACGCCCAGAGAACUGGGUUCCUAAAAGGAAAAAAGACUUCAGUUGUUCGGAUCGUUUGUUUGCUAGAAACCUUGGUCUAAGGUUCUACACUCCUGAGGAGCAUUUUCUUGGCCAACGAGCCGCACCAUUCAAAUUACCUGACUUUGACCCUGCCCUAAUGCCUGAAGCAGAUGCUGCACUCAUCCAUCCCCCAAGUGCAAAACUAAUAUCAUCAAGUCAAGAGAUUCUCCUAAUGGUUGGAUUUCCUGGGUCAGGCAAAAGCUUUUUCUGCAAAGAGUAUCUUAUUCCAGCAGGCUAUAAGCAUGUCAACAGAGACACCUUAGGGUCAUGGCAAAAAUGUGUGGCUGCAGCUGAAUCUGCCCUUAAAGGUGGACACAGUGUAGUUGUUGAUAAUACCAAUCCAGAUGCAGAAUCGCGAGCCAGGUACAUUGAGUUAGCAUCAAAGUAUAAAAUUCCUUGCAGGUGUGCAAUGAUUGGAGAGUCUAUCACUAGAGCUAGGCAUAACAACAAGUUUCGUGAAUUGAUUGGGGAACCUCAUCAACCAAUAUCAGAGAUGAUAAUGAAUUCUCACAAAUCAAAAUUUAAGGAACCAGAGGAAACUGAAGGCUUCCAAGAAGUAAUAAAAAUAUCUUUCAAACCUAAGUUUACUAAUAAGAAGCAUGAACGCUUGUAUAAAAUGUAUCUGCUGGAUAAGUACUAAGAAACAGAAAACAAAGGUAAUUUUUUAAUUGUUAUUUAUUUUUCCACUUACGACCUACAAUAAAUAUUAAGAAUGCUAUUGCUCUU